AUGCUGUGCGCAAUCUCUGGCGAAGCGCCUCAAUCGCCCGUCGCCUCGCGCAAGAGCGGAAACGUCUUCGAACGCCGCCUCAUCGAAGCACACAUCGCCGAACACCACACCGAUCCCGUCACAGGCGAGGACCUCUCCGUCGAAGACCUCAUCGAGCUCAAGUCGCCGCGCAUAGUGACCCCCCGACCGCCAAACCUCACCUCGAUACCCUCUUUGCUGAGCGCGUUUCAAAAUGAGUGGGAUGCGAUUGUGCUUGAGACGUUUACGUUGAAGCAACAGCUUGCGCAAACGAGGCAGGAGCUCAGUACCGCGCUGUACCAGAACGAUGCUGCGACGCGUGUGAUUGCGCGGUUGACGCGCGAAAGAGACGAGGCGAGGGAGGCGCUGUCGAAUGUCACUAUUAGUGGUGGAGGCGCUGCCAAUGGGGAUGCGAUGCAGGUAGACAACCAGGCUUUGCCGGCGGACCUGGUAACCAAGGUGGAUGAGACCCAACAAGAACUGUUCAAGACUCGCCGCAAGCGACCUGUUCCCGACGGCUGGGCAACCGGAGACGAUGUGUCUGCCUUCGAUGUCACGACUUCGAGCGAACCUCUAUACCCAGGCAGCUCAGCCGUAUCCAUCGACGAGUCCGGCGACCUAGCGCUAUUUGGAGGAGCAGAUGGUGUUGCUGGUGUAUACUCGUUAUCGCAGCAAAAGUUGGUACAAACAUUGAAGGCCGGAUCGCCAGUCACGACCACCACAUGGUGGGGUGCGAAAGCCGUGGUUGGUACUUCCGCUGGCACAAUCAAGAUAUUCGAAAAUGGAAAUGAGAUCGCCCAGCUUGGUUCUCAUGCCGGAGCAGUCAGUUCAGUGUCUCUCCACCCCAGUGGCGCGAUCUUGGCUACCGCCGGUGUCGACAAGCGCUUCAUUUUCCACGAUCUGUCGACUUUCAAGCCUGUUUCGGAAGUAUACACCGAGGCCGAAAUUACUGUUAGCGACUUCCACGUGGACGGUCUUCUCUUCUUCACCGGCGGCGCGGACGGCAACAUUCGCAUUUACGAUGUUAAGAAUGGAUCACCUAUGGCCGUAAUGGAGGCGGGUGGCCCAGUCAGUGCGCUUUCGUUCUCAGAGAACGGAACUUGGUUCGCCGUGGCGGUCAAGGGCUCGAACAGUGCUUCCGUUUGGGACAUCCGGAAGCAGUCGCCCAUCAAGAUGAUUGACGUCGGAAGCCCGAUCGACAGUGUCCGCUUCGACUACACGGGUCAGUUCUUGGCGACAGCUGGAUCAGGAAGCGUGUCUGUGCAACAAUACACAAAAUCUUCGAAGAGUUGGUCAGAGCCAGUGCGGAAAGCGGUGCAGGCGAGGGACAUUGCAUGGGGAGCAAGCGCCACCUCGCUUAUUGCUCUUACUCCGGAGGGCGGUUUGAGUGUUUUGAGCGCAUCAUGA